GCCCCGCGGCGCCAUCGCGCUGUCUCUAGUGGAAGCGGCCCUGGGGAGUGUGCGGUUUGCCGGUGCAGCUCAGUCCAGUCCCUGAUACUUCGGUGUGGCCAUGGCCGAACCUCAGCCCGCGAGCUGCGGCCUUACUGACGAGGCCGCAUUCAGUUGCUGCUCCGACGCAGACCCCAGCACCAAGGAUUUUUUGUUGCAGCAGACUAUGCUACGAGUUAAGGAUCCUAAGAAGUCUUUGGAUUUUUAUACUAGAGUUCUUGGAAUGACGCUACUCGAAAAAUUCGAUUUUCCUGCUAUGAAAUUUUCACUCUAUUUCUUGGCUUAUGAAGAUAAAAGUGAUAUCCCCAAAGACAAAAAAGAAAAAAUAGCAUGGGCCUUCUCCAGGAAAGCUACGCUUGAGUUGACGCACAACUGGGGCACUGAAGAUGAUGACAGCCAGAAUUACCACAAUGGUAAUUCAGACCCUCGGGGAUUUGGUCACAUUGGAAUUGCUGUUCCUGAUGUAUAUGGUGCUUGUAAAAGAUUUGAAGAACUGGGAGUCAAAUUUGUGAAGAAACCUGAUGAUGGUAAAAUGAAAGGCCUGGCAUUUAUUCAAGAUCCUGACGGCUACUGGAUUGAAAUUUUGAGUCCUAACAAAAUGAGUGAACUCUGCCUUUGAGAUGUCAGUGAGGAUGGAAAUAAGCAGGAAUGAUGUGACUCAAGAUGCUCAGAAAGCAGACACGGAGGACUGAUGGAUCUAUGUUCCAACUCAAAUCAUUCUUAAGUCCUUUUCCCUUCCUUUUCAGCUGUUCUGUUGUUUUGGUUUUUUGCCUCUUCUUUCAUUCUGGUUUUAAAGUAGUGCUUUAUUUUAUGACCUUGAGUACAGUUGUGUAACUUUACUUUUUAGGUGAUAAUUUGAACAGUUCCCUUCAGAGGCUGCAUUUGCUGCCUUUUAGUUCCUAAAUAGCACCUCUCUUCAAGUCUUCCUUUGAAUCAUCAUUUCUUAAAAAAAAAAAAAAUUAACAUUUUUCCGGGAGCUAUCUUCUGGGGUUUCCGUUCCUCAGAAAUAGCUUUUCAGGAUGGAAGGUAAGGAAUACCGAACAAACUUGCAACUUCACAUGUACUUCAAACGGUAUGAAGUGUUCAUUUUACAAAAGAGAAGGUACUCUUGAGAACCGUUCAGAAUCAUGCUGUCAAGGACACUGACAGAAAACUAAUUUUUUAUUUAUAAAAUUCUUUUAAAGUUCAAGGACUAAUUUCAUGUAUUUGGGAAUGAGGAAGAAGAGUGGUAGACUGUUUGCUGGAUACUCAAACAGCAGACAAGGCUGUAGCAUACUAUCUCUCAUUUAAUCCUCCAACUAGCCUAUGAAAAAGAAAGCAGGUAGACAUGUAAAAUAACUUCAAUGAAUUGAAGGCAGU